AAGCCCCUUGGCCCGUAUCACACGACAUACAUUUUUGGUCUUCAAAUGAAACUUCGUACUACACUACUAAGAUACAUUUCGAUUUCGUCUCCUUCACGUAGAAUCCCAUUAAUCUUUCAAAUUGGCAAGAACUUUUCGUCAAACUCCAAGAAAUGGAAUUCAAAUCCCAACCCAAAUCUUAUAAUUACACACCCUACUCUCCUCCUCAUAGAGUCCUGCAACUCCAUGUCCCAAGCAAAACAAAUCCAAGCCCACAUUACCCGCACUGGCCUCGUUUUCCAUCUCUUUCCAAUCAGCAGGCUACUGUCUUUUUAUUCCAUGGAUGAAAAUGGGAGCUUGAGCUAUGCAAAUGUGCUAUUUGGUCAGAUUCUAGAACCAAAUGUGUAUAUUUGGAAUACCAUGAUAAGGGGCUGUGUUAAACAUCAGUUUUUUGAAAUGGGUUUUGAGUAUUUUGUUAGAAUGGUUAAAGAAAGGGUGGAAAUGGAUAAAAGAAGUUAUGUUUUUGGGCUGAAAAGUUGUGAGGGCUUGGAAGAUAUUAGAGUGGGAGAAUCAUUGUAUUGUAGGAUUUGGAAAGUGGGAUGUGUAGGGGAGGUGAUUGUGAGAAAUGGGCUCAUGCAUUUCUAUAGCGAGAGUCAUAAAUUAGGCGAAGCCAUGAGAAUCUUUUAUGAAACUGAAGUAAGAGAUGUUGUUUCUUGGACUAGUAUGAUUGAUGGAUAUGUGAAAAAUGAUUUGGUUGAUGAGGCUUUGAAGAUGUUUGAUAAAAUGUGUGAAAGUGGUGUUGAACCCAAUGAGGUAACGAUGGUGGCAGUCUUUAGCGCAUGCGCCUUAAAGGGGGAUUUGAGUUUGGGGGAGAGAGUACACGAGUUUGCAGAGAGGAAAGGAGUGAGAUUUAGUUUGAAUUUGAUGAAUUCUAUGUUGGAUAUGUAUGUGAAAUGUGGGUCCUUGGCCAAAGCUGGAGAGAUUUUUGAUAAAAUGGAAGUGAAAGAUGUGUUUUCGUGGACUAGUAUGAUAAACGGGUAUGCGAAGAUUGAGGAAGUUGAUUUGGCUAGGAAGUUAUUCGAUGAAAUGCCUAGGAAGAAUGUGGUUGCUUGGAAUGCAAUGAUUGCAGGUUAUUCCCAGAAUAGUAGACCUAAUGAAGCUUUGGAACUUUUUCUUCAAAUGGAGAACAACGGUUUGGUUCCGAUGGAGAGUACUUUGGUGUGUGCCCUCUCUGCGUGUGCUCAAUCUGGUCGUAUGAAUCUAGGGCUAAGGAUUUACGAUUACUAUAUUAAGCAACAAUUAGUCAAGCUUAGCAUAAUACUAGGGAAUGCAUUUGUUGAUAUGUAUGCAAAAUGUGGGAAUAUUCGUGCCGCUAGAGAGAUAUUUGAUGAAAUGCCGAAGAAAGAUUUAGUGUCCUAUAACUCAAUUAUAGUAGCUUAUGCUUCUCAUGGUCAUGCACAUAAGGCUCUUCAUCUGUUUGAACAGAUGAUUAAUGUUGGAUUUAAGCCGGAUGAGAUCACAUUGGUUGGUGUCCUGUCGGCUUGUGCCCAUGGUGGAUUAGUCAAGAUGGGUUGGGAAUAUUUUACAGACAUGAGCCGAUUUGGAUUAAAGCCCGGAGUCGAACAUUAUGCUUGCAUGACUGAUUUACUCAGUAGGGUUGGGAUCUUGGAAGAAGCUUACCAAUUGAUAAAAACAAUGCCUAUGGAACCAGAUAAAGCUGUCUGGGGUGGCCUUCUGAGUGGGUGUAGGAUACAUGGAAAUAUUGAGUUGGGGAAGAUAGCAGCAGAAAAUCUUAUAAUCCUGGAUCCCAACGAUAGUGGCAUUUACGCCCUCCUAGCCAGUCUAUGUGCAAAAAAGAGGAAAUGGGACGAUGUAAGUAUGGUCAGAAGUAUGAUGAGAGAGAAAGGGGUGAAGAAAAAUCCAGGUUCUAGCUUGAUAGAGGUGGAGGGUAAGUUUCACGAGUUUUUGGUAGCCGAUGAAUCACACCCCGAGACAGAAGAUAUAUAUAAAGUUCUGCAGGUUAUAUUUUCGUCAUCAAAAGUGGAAGAUUUUGCUUUAGACUCUCGCUAUAUUGAUGCUUUUUCGUGAGAUAAUGUAAGUUUGAACUGCAUGAUGUGCAAGUGAUACAAAUAUGAACUCUGUAAACCUCCCGCCAGGCAGAGCACAAAACAAGGCAGGUUUAUUUCUCACGUGUGAUUGGGGCGGGAGUGAAACAACGGUUCAAAGCCGAGGAAGACUGGUCGAGCUGCUCUGUUCUUGAUUUGCCCGAGUUAGUCAUCUGCUAUAUCAUCGUUGAUCUGCCCAAGCUGGUGUUCAAAUUGCUUAUGUUGAUGAUCUCGUUGUUGACAAUCCGACAUUGCCCUUUACUGUAAAUAUACUUCAUCUGUAAUCUUGUACUAACAUGAUUGAUUUGAAUUGCCAUCUAUUUGUUGUUCUGUAUUCUUGCCAUUUUCAGACAACUCAUAGUAUGUGGAACUAUAUUUUACCAUCAAAAGUUGCAAAUUUCUACUUUCAAUAAAACCUUUUUGACUCA